AAAACAGCACCCCACUCGGUACCUAGUAAUCUUCAUAGUGAAGAUGAAGCUAAGAAUCUUUGCUCGGAUUAGUCCUCUAGCUCUUGUGUCUGCAAUAGUGCUUACUUUGUGCAGUUUAUCAGAUUGCUACGAUCCUAUGGACCCAAACGGAAACAUUACAGUAACUUUUGACACUUAUAAGUGGACAACCGAUGGAUAUAUGGCGAGAGUGACAAUCCAGAACUACCACCAGUAUCGCCACAUUGAAAAACCAGGUUGGAAGUUAGGAUGGACGUGGGCUAGGGACGAAGUUAUAUGGUCGAUGUCAGGAGCUUUCGCCGCACAACAAGGGAAUUGCUCAUCAUUCAAGUUCCAAAUCCCUCACUCUUGCAAGAAAAACCCCGUGAUCCUCGAUCUCAUACCAGAUGCUUCACCAGAGAACAGGUCAGAAGACUGUUGCCACGGCGGCCUCCUGUCAGCGUGGGCUAUAGACCCUUCCAAGUCAUUCUCUUCUUUUGAAAUUCAAGUUGGAAACUUGGAGGGAAGCUCUACUGGGCAUGCACCUCUAAAUCUUACUCUGAUGGCACCAGGUCCUGGUUACACAUGUGGCCCACUGGUCGACACUGAUCCGACAGUUUCUUCGGAUAUUGGUGGGAGGAGAGAAGUUCAGGUUUUCAGAACAUGGAAAUCAACUUGCAUAUAUUCCAGCUUUUUGGCAAACAAAGCACCGGUCUGCUGCGUGUCACUGUCGACAUUUUAUAACCCUCGCAUCACUUCUUGUCCUACAUGCAGCUGUGGAUGUAAAGACGCGGGCCCCAACACUUCUUUCUGCAUAAGUGAAGGAACUGCUCUGCCUCAGUCAGAUGCCCUCAGCGAUACAGACGUUGUGCAAUGCACCAAUCACAACUGCCCAGUUCGUGUUCACUGGCACCUUAAGAACAACUAUUUAGAUCACUGGCGGGUGAAACUAACAGUCUCUAACUACAAUUACAAGAGAAACUACUCCAGCUGGAAUGUCUUGGUCCAACAUCCCGGUUUUGGACAGUCGGUGAUAACAUAUAGCUUCAACAGUUCAAUUCUUCCAACCGUUGGAUUGGAAGGUGACUGCUAACUUACCUUCUCGAAGAUUGUCAGCAAACCAAUUAUGAUUCAUGAGACUUUUCAGAGAGCAAUUGAACUUUUGUCUUUGUUCUAUUUUGGGCUAAAAUUAACUAGGACACCAAAUAACCACAUAUUGACAGGGGAGAAAUCUUAACCAUUAGAACAAUUUAAUGGACAUUCCACAUUUGCCAAAUGAACUUUCAUGAAUCAGAAGAAUAAUGAAAUCAUAUGGCUGUGAAUUUGAACACCUAAAAUAAUGUAACAAUUGCUUGCCUUCCCUCUGGAAUAUAUUUGCAGAUGAGGUUGCUCUCUUCUGGGGAAUAGACUACUACAACACUGAACUUCUGCAGGCAGACAAAGAUCAACUCGGUUCAGUCACGACAGAAAUACUACUGAAGAAAGACAUGGAAUCAUUCACUUUAUCGAAUGGUUGGGCUUUUCCUCGAAGAAUAUAUUUCAAUGGUGAAAGCUGCCAAAUGCCUCUUCCAGACAAUUUCCCAGUGCUACCUAAUGGCAGCUUGAGUCUAAAUCCCAGUCCUCACUUAUUCCUUCUGCUGACAGUCACAUUAACUCUCAAACUAGUGAAUUCCUGGUUCUGAUAAAUAAAUUUUGCAGGUUAUCAAAUCUCGAGUUAUUUUUUAUCCAUCUCAGAUCCUAUCAGGGAUGGCAUAGAUCUGCACAGGAUUGUUGUGGGCUGUAGAGCUUUUUUAUCCCUACUCCUCAUCCAAUAUUAUAUCUUUAAUUGUAUGGGACUGGCUCCUUCUGUACGCACUGCCUGUAACUGUUGGGAUUUACUACUUGAA